CAGCGCAGCCUCAUUCCUCCACAGUCGGGCUUCAGUCCGCCGACAGAGCGCUUCACCGGGGCUUCCCUUGCCGCUUCAUUACCCUGUGACACCCCGGCUUUUCAACACGGUUUAAUCUUAAAAACUCCACUUCGGGGGUUCUCUCCAAGUUUUGCAACACGCCUUCUCCGGGUGUUAUGAAGAAAAAGGUGGCAAGUUGAUUGGGCUCCAGCUUCGAACAGGUGUCGGUGCCAUCAUGGCUUUGCAGGCGGUGAAUGGCAGUGAGGCGGACGGGUCAGCGGGCUGCGCUCAGCCGGGUAACCUGAGCCUGGAAGUUACCGACUACAACAUGAACUGCUCCAACAUCUCCGUCCUCCCCAUACCGGCCACCAGAGCCAGAGAGAUGGACUCGCUGCGUAUCCUGCUCUACUCGCUCAUCUUCCUGCUCAGCGUCUUUGGCAACCUGCUGAUCAUCGUGGUCCUGAUGCUGAACAAGCGCAUGCGGACCGUCACAAACUCCUUCCUGCUAUCGCUGGCGGUCAGCGACCUGAUGAUGGCCAUCUUCUGCAUGCCCUUCACCCUCAUCCCCAACAUCCUGGAAAACUUCAUCUUCGGAGCCGCCAUGUGCAAGAUUGUCACUUACUUAAUGGGGGUUUCUGUCAGCAUCUCCACCUUCAGCCUGGUGGCCAUCGCCAUCGAGAGGUACAGCGCCAUCUGUAACCCGCUGAAGUCCCGGGCGUGGCAGACCCGAUCCCACGCUUACCGCGUCAUUGCCGCCACCUGGGUGGUGUCGCUGCUAAUCAUGGUGCCCUAUCCGGUGUUCAGCGCCCUCAAGUCUUUCCCAAAGGCCAAUGGUACUGUGGGCAACAUGUGUCGCCUGGACUGGCCCAGUCAGAAAGCUGAGCAGACCUGGUACGUGCUGCUGCUCUUCAUUCUGUUCUUCGUCCCCGGAGUGGUGAUGAUUAUAGCCUACGGUCUGAUCUCCAGAGAGCUCUACCGAGGCAUUCAGUUCGAGCUGAGCCAGAGCAGAGAAACUACUGGCCAGAAGAAUGGCGUAGGCAAGGCUUUGGUAGGGUCCAAUGAUGAUGAUGAUGGGUGCUACAUUCAGGUGUCUAAGAAGCCCUCCUCUGCUGUGGAGCUCCCCACCCUCUCUGCCUCGUCUAGCGCCGCCCAGGCCAAGACUGAGCGUGCUCGUAGCAACACUUCAGAGGCAAAGCUUCAAGCCAAAAGACGAGUCAUCCGCAUGCUGAUGGUGAUCGUAGCCCUGUUCUUCAUUUGCUGGAUGCCCCUGUACACAGUCAACACCUGGAAGGCCUUUGACCUAAAAUCUGCCUCUAAAGCUCUCUCAGGAGCCCCCAUCUCCUUCAUCCACCUGCUGUCCUACACCUCGGCCUGCGUCAACCCCAUCAUUUACUGCUUCAUGAACACACGUUUCCGCAAGGCUCUGCUGUCCACCUUCGCCUGCUGCUGUCGCAAUCGUCUCUGCCGCCAUUGCUGCUGGUGCAGGAGGAGGGAGGGCGGAGAAGACGGCAUCGCCGCCACCUCCAUGGCCACAUCGAUGGCCACCUCCAUGUCCAAGUUCAGCUACACCACCGUCAGCACCACCGGCACCUGUUGAGUCUAAAGCUGAUCCAGGUGGUGGCAUCAGCGGCUGUGGGCUGCGGUUACUGCGUGCACCAUCUGUUUUUUCAAUCUUCUGUUUGUCACUCUUCAUCUUAAUAUGCUGUGAGUCAUGUGCUGAGUAAUACCCAUGCCCUCGUUUACAGGCCGUCUUAAAAGGUCUCAUUCAAAUUCUGUGUGCAUGGUUGCAGAAUGUUAGGCGGAGAAAAAAAAAUGCUAUUUCAGUUUGGUGACAUUCUUUUACUUCUGUUUAAUUGACAGCAUCUGCUUUGUUGUAUCCUGAAGAGAACAUCAAGUGCCUGUGCUUUAUGUGUAGCUUUGUUUGUCAGGACAGUUUGUUCACUCGCUGGGACAUUUUAGUGAAAAACUAAGCUGGAAAUAUGAGUCCUGUGUACAUAUAAAUAUUGUCUUUAUGUUCUGAGUGUGCCAAAGAGAUAAAUGUUUUGACAGAGACAUACUGCUGAACAAUGAGGACUCAUUAUCUUCAAAUCAAUUACUAUGGAUUUCAGCUCCUGUUGUGUUUAAUUUGGCUUCAUCUUAAUUUAUUCUGGGCAUCUUUUUCUCUUUCUGUCUCUCUCUGAUCAGAAUUAUUGUACGAGUCUACUAAUUGUGCAUUUUAUUUUACUAUUGUCAUUUUAACUAUUUUCUUCUCCGACUUAUUUAUUUUUUGCCAUCUGAUAGUUUGGUUUACAGAAUAAGUAUAAAAAGUCUCCACAACUCAGAUUUUUUGGUUGUUUUGACAAAUAUCCAGUCCCAUUUAUUGAACCAUAUAUCAAAAACUGACUGCCAAUAUUAUAGUAAAAGGAGGUUCUGUGGUCCCCUUGAGUCAAAACAUUCCCAUGGAGCUGUACUAAACUAAAGCCUUACUAAGAGGAUGUAAAUGUAACUAUUGAGAAGGCAACACAAAGAAGAAAUAGCUGUUAAAAAGGUUGCCAACAGCCAAUGAGAAAACUAUGACAGGACAAUGGUGUAAUGCUUUUUAAAUGAAAAAUGAUGUAGCUUAAGGAAGGUAAAUAUUAGCAUAUGAAACACUUGGAAUAUGUGUAUAUGUGUUGGAAAUGCUCUAGACAACUGUUUGUUCAGUGUUGUAUUGUGUGCUCACGCUGUUGUGUCCACAACUGAAGAAUCAAUAAAAUUAUCGUAAG